ACACGGAAGUCAAAAGUUCAAACUUUGAACAGCUUACGCUUUCAGACUGCUUCCCAUUCUCAGCGGCGAAGCCUAUAAAUCCAGUCUCCUCCCCAAUUCUCUUCCCCAGAACUUCGACCCCCUCUUCUCUCACUAAAAGCCAGCAAAAAAUUCCUCUCUCUCUCUCUCUCAGAGUUAUAAAAAAGAUGUGUUUUGAUGCGGCAAGAAUGAGCAUGGAGAAAUCCUCCUCCUUCAGCAAAACAUCCACACAGUUUCUGCUCUCUGCUCCUCUCGACAGCACUCAUAAACGCUGUAAUAACAGAGCAGCAAAGUUGGAGCUGGUGGACUACGAUUCCCUUCCGGAGUUCCUGAAGGACAACGAGUUCAUCAUCAACUACUACCGCUCCGAAUGGCCUCUCAAGCAAACCAUACUCAGCAUCUUCUCUAUUCAUAAUGAGACUCUCAACAUCUGGACGCAUCUGAUAGGCUUCUUCAUCUUCCUCAUGCUCGCCGGCUAUGCUGCAUCAGUCUUCCCAUCUGUUUCAACAGCUAAUCCCCUGCCACAACUCAGAACUGAAACCAAUUCACCAAACACCAUUUUUAUCUACAGAGCAAAUCAAACAACAGAGCUAUCAGCAUCUCCCUCUUCCCAGCUGAUUGGAUCCCCUGUCUCCCAUUGGCCGUUCUACCUCUACCUCGCCGGAGCAAUGUUCUGCCUCCUGAUGAGCAGCGCCUGCCACCUCCUCUCCUGCCACUCUUCAAGAACAAGCUACAUCAUGCUCCGCCUCGACUUCGCCGGAAUCUCCGGCCUCAUCGUCUCCUCCUUCUACCCUCUCGUCUACUACACCUUCACUUGCAAUCCCUUCUUCCGCGACCUCUACCUCACAUCCAUCCCUUCUUCGACUGCCGCGGCCGCCGUCUCCCUCGUGCCAGUGUUCGAUUCACCUCAAUUCCGGCCCGUUAGAUCGGUUCUGUUCGCUUGUAUGGCGGCGGCAGGGGUGGUGCCCAUCGUCCACAAGAUGAUGGUUUUCGGUGAUCGGCCGGAGGCGGUGGUGACGACGGGAUAUGAGGUGGUGAUGGGGAUGUUUUACGGGGUGGGGGUGGUGGUGUACGCCGCGAGGGUGCCGGAGAGGUGGCUGCCGGGGAAAUUUGAUCUUGCCGGACACAGCCAUCAGCUGUUUCAUAUGUUGGUGGUUGCGGGGGCUUACACGCACUAUCUGGCGAGUCUGGUCUAUCUUGGCUGGAGGGAAGCCGAAGGCUGUUAGCGGACUUCCACCAUGGACUGCGGACUACGCGGGAAAGAAACGGUCUUUGUGUGGGAGCUAAUGUAUAUAAUAUUCAUUGGUUGACUUUGUUGACAAUUUAUUGAUUUUUUAAAUUUAAAAUUAAAUUCUUUUGUUGUAAUUAGUGGAUUAUUUCUAAGUGUUUUUAGCAUAUAAAAUUUCUUUAGUUGUUAAUGUAAAUUACAUUAUUGUAGCAAUGAAAA